AUGACUCUGGGAAACUGGCUUCGAUUGAGUCCUGUUAGGAUCCGUGCUGAGGUUUGUCCAGCAACCUCAUGCUCAAGGCCAUCCCUUCGAACCGCGUCCACCGGCCUCCCACCGCGUCGUCGGCUCAGAUUUGAACCAGCCAAGAUUCCUACCUUUGCGGACUGGCUCUCUAAGGAGGAAAAAGAAAUUCAAGACGCGAAUCGGAAACGACGUGACAAAGACCUGCGAUGGGCUUCAGACCGCAUUCCCAAAUUCCAUACUGUGAUGGAAUCCCACCAGCAAUGGCCUUUAUUACGAGACACCCCAUCGGUUCUACAAAUCAAUGUUGGGAAACUCUGCAACCUCCACUGCCGUCACUGUCAUGUGGAGGCGGGCCCAACCAAGACCAAGGAGAACAUGAGCCUAGCGACGAUUGAACGGUGCCUUGAGGUCCUUGCAAUGAGCCCAUGUAUCACAACGGUCGAUAUCACUGGGGGAGCCCCUGAGCUGAACCCCUAUUUUCAAACCCUUGUUCGAGAGGCAAGAAAAAUGGGCAAGACAGUCAUUGAUCGCUGCAAUCUUGUCGUCCUUUGGGAACGGGGCCAGGAAGGCCUUGUAAACUUUCUCGCCGAACAAAAGGUGAACAUCGUUGCUUCUUUGCCCUGCUACACGGAGCGACCCACAGACCGACAACGAGGAAAACUGGUAUAUAAUGAUAGCAUCUUCGCGCUCAAAGCUCUCAACGAACGUGGCUUUGGUAGGCCUUCCCCGCCAACUGGCUCAUCGCAGGACGGUUUGAGAUUAGAUCUUGUUUACAAUCCUGCCGAUCACUCUCUUCCUCCAUCACAGAGCAACCUUGAAGCCGAGUAUCGGGAACGUCUGUGGGAAGAUCAUCAAAUCACGUUUACCUCUCUCUACACCUUAGCGAAUAUGCCCAUCCGACGCUUCGCCGAUACGCUUCUCCGCACCGGGAAUUAUGAACCAUACAUGGAGUUGUUGGCCAACGCCUUCAACCCUCAAACUGUGGAUGGACUCAUGUGUCGCCACACGGUGAACGUAGGUUGGGAUGGUAAGCUUUAUGACUGCGACUUUAACGGUGCCCUGGAAAUGGGAACUAGGAUUGGUGGCCGUUCUCACUUGGAUAUCUGGGAUAUCGACAAUCUGGAGGACCUUCGUGAUAAAACUAUUCGCACUGGGUUGCAUUGCUUUGGAUGCACGGCCGGCGCUGGCUCGAGCUGUGGGGGCUCGUUGGUCUGA